AGGUUGUUGUUGCCAUGAGGACAGCGAAGCAACAGGGGAACCGAGCUGCAGUAACACGCUGCCUCCGGAGUUGAAUACUUCAGAAUGGGAGGAUGAAGCUCUCUUGUUGUGUUAUGUGUGUGUGUUUCUCUCCUAUUGCAGGCUUCAUUUGGAUGUAUUUCUGAGCAACAGAGGGUUCUGAGGUGGACCUGACAGAGCAAUAAGAUGUACUCUGCUCUUUGAAUUCUUUUUGCUUGUAUCAACAAUUUAUCCAGAGACAAUUUCAGAAAGAAAAAUCACACAUGCAAAUAUGCUUUCUUAUUUUUUGGUUGUUGUUUUUUUUACCUCAAAAUUGUGAAACUGGAGCUAUCACAAUGACGAGCCCUACAGACUGAAGAGACGGUGAGUUACAAGACUUGAGUUACUUUUGCUUUUUGCCACAAGAUCACUGUAAUUCGGAGCCUUUUAUAACACCAUCCAUUGUAUCUGUGUAUCUUGAGGGUGCCGGGCCACAGUAAAUAACUGUGAUUUUACCUUUGUACACUGUUUUCUCUCUCUAGCGUGUGUGCUCCCAGAGGAGUUCAGGAGGAGUCAGCCUCCAUCACUGAAUGCUCUGGGGAGCUGCUGUCAUCACCAGCAGUCAGACGAUACAGUAUUCCCCAGCUCCGUACCCAUAGCUGUGUUGAGAUGAAAAUACCACCUUAAAAACAUGAUCUGAGAGAUGGUUUUCUCUUUUGAAAAUGAGACUUUGUAGGUGGAGUUUUGAAGGCAAGCCACCAGAUGUUUGAGGGGGUUGCUGUCCACCAUUGGCUGUGCUUGGGAGCUCUCUACUUGUUGGCAGUGGGGGUGGCAUUAACAUCCGAAACACGCCGGCCGUGUCUGCAGCUCUGCCGCUGCAACACCGUGCUGCUGGAGGUGAACUGCUCCGAUGGCCAGCUUACCACAGUGCCCGACGGUCUCCCGCAAAACACAAAACUGCUAAACUUAACACAUAAUAAGAUCAAGACUCUGGUGCACCAGCAGUUUCAGACUUUGACACAACUCAUAGACUUGGAUUUGAGUGAUAAUAUAAUGGUGAUAAUUGAAGUGGAAGCCUUUCUCGGCUUGCAAAGUCUGAUAACUCUGCGCCUUGCUCGCAACCACCUGAAAAUCAUUCCUGUGGGCGUGUUUGCUGGUCUGCCAAAAUUGAAGUUACUGGACAUAAGCAGUAAUGAGAUCCUUGUUCUUCUAGAUUUUACUUUCCGUGACUUAUCGGCCCUGCAGUUUAUCAAAGCAGCAGAUAAUGAUUUUGUUUUCAUUUCUCGUCAAGCUUUCAUUGGCUUAACCAGCCUGCAAGAGCUGCAUCUUGAUGGCUGCAACCUCACUGCUGUGCCGACGGAGGCGCUCGCACAGCUAACUGGACUGAGAAGACUUCAUUUUCGCCGACUGGGCCUCAACAUGCUGCCAAACUACUCUUUCCGUCAUUUAGAGCGCCUUACGGAGCUUGUCAUUUCGCACUGCCGCUGGCUGGAGACCCUGUCAGGAAAUAGUCUCUUUGGCCUGAACCUUACAUCUCUCACCAUAAGACACUGUAACCUCAGUGCUGUCCCAUACAUCCCUCUGCAUCAUCUUGUAUAUCUCGUUUACCUUGACCUUUCUUUUAACCCAAUUGCCUACAUUCAUGGGAACCUGCUUGAAGACUUGCUCCGGCUCCAAGAGCUUCAUCUGGUGGGGGGAUCAUUGCUGCGUGUCGAAAUCGGAGCAUUCAGGGGUCUGGCUCAUCUCAGAUUGCUGAAUGUAUCCAGAAACCUUCUCACCACACUGGAGGUAGGAGCUUUCCAUUCAGUGGACACCCUAAGAACUCUGGGGCUUGAUAACAACCCACUAACGUGUGACUGCCGUCUGCUGUGGGUAGUGCAAAGACGACCAUAUCUGGACUUUGGUGGAAAUUCACCGACUUGCACUACCUCAGCUCAGUUGCAGGGCUGGUAUUUUCUGGACUUUACUGAAGCCGAGCUCCCAGGCCUGCUCACAUGUCGACAGCCUCGUAUUCUGUACCAAAAACCUCCAGAAGUGAGAGUGGAUCAAGGACACACUGUGGUGUUUGAUUGCAAUGCAGAAGGUGACCCUCUGCCAUCUGUCACCUGGAUCAGCCCACAGUUAAAACCUCUAUCACCCAUUGGUAGAAUACGAGCUCUCUCUAAUGGCUCGCUGGAGGUUCGUUACGCUCAACCUCAAGACAGUGGUGCUUAUCUCUGUGUGGCAUCUAACGCGGCAGGAAAUGACAGCCUGUCCGUCAGCCUUCAUGUCCGAGCCUUUCCACCAUCUUCUAAAACCCCCCUUCGUCUUAAGGGAUGGUUUGCCUUUCCCUCUGCCUCUCCAGGUGUGAAUGGAAAUCACAAUAUCCCAUUUGAUGUCAAGACGUUACUGGUAGCUGGAACCAUCGGGUUUGUUUCAUUUUUCAGCUCUGUGAGCGUAUGUUUCAUCUUCAUGUUCUUCUGGAGCAAGAGUAAAGGGCAGAUAAAGCACACAGCCACAAUUGCGUAUGUGCCACGAAGCGCCAUGGCAAGUAAUAACGGAGGGAAAGGCAAUACGGAGACAAGCAGGAUCACCAUGAAACUAAUAUGAAAUUAAAUCAUGCGGUCCGUUCUGGAGAGGAGGAGACCUCUGUGAAUAAUUCGGCGACCAGAAAAAACCUCCUGAACAAUGAACACUGACACUAACUGCGAGAAAUUUCUGAUGGUUGCAAUCUGCAGUCCUCACCACUAGGUUCCACAAAAUCCUCCUACAUCUUACGCACUGCUCCUUUAAGAGCAUGUAAAAUUGCGUCCAACAAAGGCUGGCUGAUUCAUAUAAAUGUGAGCAUGUUAGCUAUGUUGUGCAAAAGUGACGAAGACAAGACAUGCAAUAAAUUGUGCUGGUGAAAGCCCCUCUGGAUGUUAAUGUGAGUUUACAUAUUAGGAACAUCUAGAAGAGUGCAACCACGAUUAACUUUAUUUUCAAUUCUCCUUAUUUGUGAGACAGACACUUGAUUAUAAAAAAACCCCUAAAUACAAAGUAACCAAAGUUAGCAAUACUUAAUGAACAUAAUGCAUGUAAUAUGUAGAGAUGUAAAUUAUUCAGUCAACUGCUUGUUGCCAUUACCCUUAUUGAUGUUUAUAUAAAGAAACAAUUUAAGACCUUGUUUGUUUUGUUCAUUUGAUUUUUUACAAACAGAAAUAGACCUUUUAAUUGAAAUAAUUAUGAUGGAUCUUAGAUGGUAGCCUUGAGAUAACUAAAAAAAAUAUACUAGGAAUGUUAACCUUAUUUGAAGGUUAAUGUACACAGUACUUGCAUCUGUAUUGCAUGUCAUUUCGACUUAAUUUGCAUACAAAUAUUUUGCUAGUAUUCUAAUAUUGUCACAUUUAUUGCUGUAGGCCGCUUAUUUUUUAGGCUAAUGGAUGUGAGGAAUGUGUGUUUUCUUUAAUUCCCCAGCAUUUCACAAGUUUGCUUUCU